GGGGCGAGGCGGUGGCCGCUUGUCUCUUGCUGCGCUCAGGCAGGAGUUAUCCAGCCUGCGAGGAGGGAUCGGGGCCCGGCAGGCGCUGCGCCGUCCUUGCGCUCCUCCGGCUGCGCACUUUCCGCGCCGCGCACGGCUGCUCUUCCUAAUGAAUGACUCUCCUGAGGAUGGACUACAUCAGUGAGACCUCCCUGGUUCCUUGCGGACAAGACAAAUGCAUUUCAAAAAACGUCCUGCUGUUACAUCUGAAGACCUACAACCUGUACUAUGAAGGUCAGAAUUUACAGCUCCGGCACAGAGAGGAAGAAGGGGAAUUCAUUGUGGAGGGCUUGCUGAACAUCUCCUGGGGUCUGCGGAGGCCCAUCCGCUUGCAGAUGCAGGAUGACAACCAGCGCAUCCGCCCGCCACCGUCGUCCUCCUCCUGGCACUCUGGCUGCAACCUGGGAGCACACGGGUCUGUCCUAAAGCCUGCUACCUUACCGGAAAUUCAGGUAACAGACGCCGAACCCUCUUCUGACGGUGAUGGGCCUGAUGGUGGAGCUGAUGCCAAAGAUCUCAAGGGGCAGCAAGAAGAGGCGCCUCAGCUGAUGCGGACGCGGAGCGACGUUGGUGUGCGCCGCAGGGGGAACCUCCGCACCCCGAGCGAGCAGCGUCGGAUCAAGCGCCAUCGCUUCUCCAUCAACGGGCACUUCUACAACCACAAAACUUCGGUGUUCACGCCAGCAUAUGGCUCCGUCACAAAUGUCCGCAUAAACAGCACAAUGACGACGCCUCAAGUUCUGAAGCUGCUGCUUAACAAGUUUAAGAUUGAGAACUCGGCCGAGGAAUUUGCCCUGUACAUCGUCCACACCAGCGGAGAAAAACAGAAGCUGAAGGCGACUGAUUACCCGCUGAUUGCUCGGAUCCUGCAGGGACCUUGUGAGCAGGUGUCCAAGGUUUUUCUCAUGGAGAAGGACCAGGUGGAAGAGGUCACUUAUGACGUUGCUCAGUACAUCAAGUUUGAAAUGCCCGUCCUGAAAAGCUUCAUCCAGAAACUCAAAGAAGAAGAAGACCGUGAGGUGAAGAAACUCAGGCGCAAGUAUUCGGUCCUGCGGUUAAUGAUCGAGCAACGAUUAGAAGAGGUUGCUGAAGGCCCAGCAACUAUGUGAAGUGUUAGUUUUGGCGGACUCUGCCACCACCUGGUGUCUGAAAGAGACGUUUCCAAAAGAAGACUUGUUUACAUGACGAAUGUGUUACGAGAAGGCAAGGAUGGCACUUCCUCCCUGGAACGGAACCUGAACACAGAACCCGCUUGGCCACUGCCUCUUCCUUCCCAGUUACAGAAGCUGAACUCUGUGGUUUCCACAGCUUACUCCGCAGAAUCUCUGCAUAGAGAGACAGAUGAAUUCCUGAUUCUGGGAACGAGCCAUGGGGCAAAGGCAUGGUCUUCCAACACCCAGCUGUUAGGAAUGGAAUGCAGACCUAGAUAGACCCCCGGUCUAAUCCUGCAAGGGUCUCCUGGGGCUUCGAAGUUGUUGGCUCAGCUGCUUGGGAUGUUUCAUCUUUGCCACAAAAUGUCAUUCUGCCCUUUAAACCAAACAACCGGGCAUAGGCGUGAUAAUUGGGGACUGGAGUGAUGCCUGUUCUUUGCUGUCUUGGUGCUCUAGGUGAAAUAUGGAAGUCCUCCCUAGGAGGACUUGGUCUUAGCAGCCUCUCCUCGCCCACCUGCCCUCCGCUGAGCUUGUGGUCUCUUUGACUUCCUCGCCAGGGCUUUGAGGAGCCCCAGUGGGCUGUUUCCCAUCCAUGAGACUCGAGCCUGGCCUCUGGCCUCCAUCUCCUUUCACUGAAUAAGGGCCCCUUCUUGUUCCGAAGGAGCCCGGGUCUCUGAGACUAGGCCACAUGGAGAAGGGAAACUCUGCUGCCCCGGGCAGGUGUGUCGUGUUUGGCCUGACUCACCUGCCCAUCCCUCCUUCCACAGGCCCUCCUGGGCCGUGCUCUGUGCCAAUUAUGUCCCUCCGUCCCUCCCUCUCUCCUUCCCUCCCAGUCCUUUGGGAAGGACAGAGGGAUGCAGAGCCCAAGAAGAGGGUGCGAGGUUUUAAUCUUGGCCCUUCAGUGCUGGAAGUCUGCAGAAGUGGCUCGUUGGCUGAGUUUGCACAUGGCCAAGAAGUUUAUAGAGACGGUGAGGCGCUAGCGGAGGGGGAGAUGUGAGCUGUUGGUGCUGGCAUUUGGGCCCACGCCCCACCCCCGGUGCUACCAGGACAGACUGCAGGUAGAGGACGUUGCUGGCUUGCUCUGCAGCGCCACUCACAAAUGGCCAGAAGAUAGUAUUGCAGUUCUUCGGCCCAGCAGGGAUCAGGUGACCAGAGCAGCCAGUAAGGACCCAGGUGGUUGUGCAUAACUGCUGCCUCUAGCGUGCCUUCUCAGUCCGAGUGUCUUGCUCCUCGGUUCAGGUCGUGCUGCUACAGACAGGCCAAGUCUUCUGAGCCACUUGCCGGAUGGCCUGCCCCCUGGCCAAUAGCCAUGGCAGUGAUGUGGGAUGUGUAAAACGCAAGGUGUGGUGUGGGCUGAGUUUGUCUGUAGGUUCAGUGCACAGGACAGGAAGACAAAUCCCAGGUCUAUCGAUGCUUUAUACCACAUGUGACGCUUCUUCAGGAGUACCCCAGUUUCUGGCCAGCUCAAUGGUUCCACGCAGCGAGUGUGAAUUCUGGUAAGACAGGGUUCCCAGCCUAGGGCCCCUGGAUGUUGCUGGACUACAGAUCCUAUCCUCCCCAGCCGUUGUGGCUGGGGAUGAUGGGAGUCGUAGUCCAACAUCUGGGGAGCCAAGGUUGGGAACCCUAGUUAUAAACAAUUAAAUAGGACUGUGUCCUUGAUAUGCAAGCCAAAGGGACACAUUUCCUUGCUUAACUGUAAGGAGAGGGCAAGUGGUUGACCAGUGGUGCUAGCCUCCGUUCAGCUAUUGGGUAUAAGACAGUCUGCAACAACAGUGGACCUGCUGUAACCAUGCGCUGCUUUUUUGCAGUUUGUAACGGAGAAGUUUGUCGAGUGUGAGCCACACAGUUUUGGUGGCCCGACUCGGAUUUCUUGAGCCACCGCUGCCCUGGAGUCUGAAAUGUGUCUCUUCUCUUCCCCUGCUCCAGGCAGGGUUCCAGUGUUUAAAACGAUGUCUGUUCCCACCCACCCCAUUCCCCCAGCUCUCCAGAUAUGGAGGAAACAUCCAGGGAUAUUGCAGAAGACGCCUAUAGAAGCACACCUCUAGGGUAGUAAUGGAAAGGUUGAGCGUUUUCUUUCUUUUCUCUUCUUUUGGUUCAUGCUGGGACAUUGUUUUUCUUGGGUCAUAACCAAGUGUUGGACUCCGUCCAGCGCACGUGACAGAAUCCUGAGAGCUCCUGGAUUGAAGCCCGAUUCAGACAUUCUGUUGAACACUUGUAAAAUGAGUGUACAGUGUACCCAGGUAAGAUCUGUACACAGGUACAAUCAUUCACAUGUUAUGCUGAAUGCAGGAACAGCAGGACAGCUCCUAACCAGGCUCACUUUUAAUAUGAACACAGGUACAGUCAUUCACACAAACACAUGUACAAGUGUACAGACUUGUCCUCCCAGAGAGGCAGGGAGGAGAUCUGGAGUGGAGAAGCGGGCAGGGUGUGUACACUUAAGCCAGGGGUUCCCAACCUUGGGCCCCCAGAUGUUGACCUACAACUCCCAUCCUCCCCAUUGUGGCUGGGGUGAUGGUUGUUGUAGUCCAGUGACAUCUGAAUAGGAGAGAAGCCCCUGUUCUAAGCUUUGUGCUAACUGCUCUCAGGAUUUUGCUACAUGUCUUCACGUGCAGUCCACCUUUAAUGGUCUCUGUGGACUUUAUUUUUCUUGUUACAAAAGGGAUAAUGAUGCAGACUGUUUCCUGCAGGCCACGUCUGGAAUGCUUCCUCCCCCCCCCCCCCGAGGUGGUGUCUGUUCAUGUCCCAGAGAGCCAGUCCCACUGAACUCUGGGGGUCUUGCUUCUGCAUAAACCCACUGAGGAUGGUGUUGUGGGUCUGCCCCUCUCUCUGCCUCCUUGCUAACCCCAUAACACCCUUCACUUCUAAAUUGCACUAGAUUGUGGAUAUAUAUUUUUAAAAGCUCCCAACUUUUUCUGUUCUUUUUAGUAUUAUUACUUAUGCCAAAUAUCACAUGCACAGGAAUGUAGCAGCAAUAAUUUAUACAGAUGACAUUAUUUUUAAAAAAGAUUUGAAAGUGUACCAGCCCAAGAACAGUCCAAGCGAUAUGUUUUGGAGGUCUCUGCAGAAUGUCUUUUGCAGAUCAAAUGGCACAAACCGAGGUUCAGUUGUGAGUGUUGUCUGUGCAGUUUUCCUCCCCAAUGCACCUUUUCAUUCCAUUAAUGUUCCUGGCUCCAGUCUUUUGUUUGGCAGUGGCACGAGAUGGGAGAUUGGGCACUUUUGAGAGGCAUCCAUUUGGUACAUGGAGAAAGGUUUCUGUCGGAGACACUGAGAUGAACGCAGGGCUGGCUUGGCGUUGCUCUGAUUUGUGCUGUGCUUGGCUUUUCACUGCUUCACCCCGGCAACUGAAAGUGCAGGAUUAGUAGGAAAAGGGGGAUAGAAAGGAGCCAUGACAGAGGGUUCUGUGGUUUUGCACUGUGUCGCAAAACUGAAUAGAGAGAAGUAUCUCUCCCUGUCUCAGAAUCUUAGAACUCAGAGAUGCAUGUAGAAACCAUGGUCAGACCGUGCGUAACCACAGCUCCCAUAAUCCCCAGCCACAAUGAAAACUACGCGAUGGUCUUUGGCCUCUAGAGGCAUCUCCUUCGGUUUGAGGAUACUGUGCAGGCAUCAGAGUCAGCUGGAAUCUUCCUCAGGAAGAAAGAAAAAAUGUUCCUGAGGCUCUUGACUGACAAGGCACAAAAUGUACGAAAUGCAAUAAGUGUAGUUUAUCCCCCCCCCACAAAAAACCCCAUAAACUCAAACAUCUGUUGGUUUUGUGAGCUGAACUAGCAAUAUCAUGAUCUAUUAUUCAUUUGCAAUAAAACUUGGGCUGCUGUUUCCUCUUCAGAUUGCUCUGAAUAUUCCAAAUUCCCUUGGAUUUAUUUUUUAUUUUUUUUAAGCUUCUCAGUGUUGUUCAUGGGUCUGUCCAAGGUUUGUGCCGCAGGGAAACAAACAAACCUGUAAUGUGAUGCAAGUAUUUUGACUAUAGGUUUAAUAACACCUCAUUGUUAAUAUUGUUCUGUAAGUUCAGUAUAGAAUAAAGCACAUAUGACUAGAUUAUUUUCUUUUAAUUAAAGCACUUUGUGAAUAGAAAUGCGAA